UGUGUUUCAAAAUGUCCAAAAUUCACCCAACACCUCACCAAGGCCCUAAGGGGAGGCCUUGUGUUUCCUCCUCUUAGUUCACAGGCCCUGUGGCUUAUGGCCGCAUACCCUUAUCGCUGCUUCCCCCUGAGGAUGUUAUCAGUCGUUGGGUUUAGAGCAAGAUGAUUCUCCCGAGAUUCUAACUCGAUCACAUCUGUACAGACCUUUCUUUGAAAAAUAGUCAUGUCCAUGGGCUCCAAGACGCAAGAUACGAUUUUGUGUUUAGGAAGCACCGUAUAUCCCAUCAAACUUUUUGACCCUUACAAGGCUCUGAAAGAUGAGAUGUGUGGUUCAUAAGGAUGGAAACUUGGGGUCAAAAGCAGAAGUCACGCUGAGUCCUGAGGACUUCAAUAGGGAACUACAAAUUGGCGCCAAGAGCCACUUUGAGCCAUGCUUGGUGUCAGAGCCUAUAUUACUAGGUCUAGAUUAAGGAGUCCCCGUGAAUGCUCAGGAUGAUGCUGGAAGAAUUCACGAGAGGAUGCACCAAGAGGAUGGUUCAGACAUAGGGGGGGAUGUCUAUGCCAGACCCCUACUUAUCCUCAGCAUCCCCCCAGCCUCCUCAGACCAGUUUGACUUCCCUUCUGAAAUGCUUGCUUUGCCCCUCAGCUCAUACAAUGGCGCCUUUCACCAUCCACCUGAAACCCUUGUUUACCUCUGGGCAGCUGCUGAAUCAUAGUUCCUGGGUAACAGUUGCCUGGAGACAGUUGCCAGGUCACCACUGUUGUAUCCCAGCAAAGGUUUCCUAAGACCUUGCAGAGCAGAACUGACCCCUCAGAAGGGCCACCUCCUGAGAUCCACAGAGAACACAUCCCCAGACAGUGAGCGCUGCUCGGGAGGCACCAGCCCUUCAGAAAAUGUUUAAACGCAUCUCCUGCCCAUUGUACCGGGGUGUGAUUUCCUGCCGGUCUUUUUAUCUGACCAGCAGACACAGAGGCCACACUCGUCGAGGUCGGGGCCGUCUUAGCCGAAGAAGACUCACCCGGCGGAAACAGAAUGCAAAGAUGGCCUUGCACCCACGGGCUGGAAGGCAUCAUGGCCAUCACAGAGCUGGAAGUGAGCCACAAGCUGAAGCCACAGCCCAGGACAUGGGGAGGCAGCCUUCCCCAGGCAGGGUGGGCCCAGCAGUCUGCCCCAUCCGAGGGCUGAGAUCUCAAGCUGCUCGAAGACCCCGGAGGGGUGUAGGGACUACAUCUUCCUCAAGGGUUCGUCGCCCUGGUGCCCUCAUGCCUGCAACACGCAGUCGUACAAGAUUCAUCCACUGCCGGGGUAAGCCCCCUCGGACACAUGUCAGCUCCAAGAGACCCAAACGGUCCAGGAUCCGUCGAUGCCACACUCGGGCACCAGGCUGGACCCAUGAGAAACGGAUGGGGAGCAGUGUCGAGGAGGGGCUCCGGCCUGAGCUAAGUCAGCUGGACCAAGAUGCAGACCUCCUGGGGGAAGAAGAAGCUGCCAGACUCCCUGUGACCUCCCUGGAGGGGCUCUUUCUGGAAGGGGACAAGCAGCCCAGUCCAGGUCAGGGCCCUUUCUUUUACAUCGGAGGCACCAAUGGAGCAUCAAUAAUCAGCAGCUACUGUGAGAGCAAGGGCUGGCAACGCACUCAGGACAGCCGCUGUGAGGAUUACAGGCUGAAGUGGUGUGAGAUCAAGUCCAGGGACAACUACUGCAGCUUCCGGGAAGGCCAGCAGUUGCUGUUCCAGCUCCCCAACAAUAAGCUGCUUACCACCAAGAUCGGGUUGCUCUGUGCCCUGCGGGAGCAUACACGCACUUUGAGCAAAGCCAGGCUGCUGCCCAGCACCCAAACCAAGGUCCUGAAAAUGGACGAGUUUUUCCCAGAGACCUAUCGGCUGGACAUCAGGGACGAGAGACAGACUUUCUUCACACUAUUUGAUGAAACCCAGAUAUGGAUCUGCAAGCCCACGGCCUCCAACCAGGGAAAGGGCAUCUUUCUGAUCAGGAGCCAGGAGGAGGCUGCUGCCCUGCAGGCCAAGACCCAGAGCAUUGAGGACGACCCCAUCUACCGCAAGAUGCCCUUCCGUGCACCUCAGGCGCGGGUGGUGCAGAGAUAUAUCCAGAACCCACUGCUGCUAGAUGGGAAGAAGUUUGAUGUGCGCUCCUACCUGCUCAUUGCCUGUACCAUGCCCUACAUGGUCUUUUUUGGCCAUGGCUACGCCCGCCUCACCCUCAGGCUGUAUGACCCUCAUUCCAGUGACCUCAGUGGUCACUUGACCAAUCAGUUCAUGCAGAAGAAGAGUCCACUGUACAUGCUGCUGAAAGAAGGCACUGUGUGGAGCAUGGAACACCUCAACCGAUACAUCAAUGACAAGUUUAGAAAGACCAAGGGCCUCCCCAGAGACUGGGUCUUCACCACCUUCACGAAGCGGAUGCAGCAGAUCAUGGCCCACUGCUUCCUGGCGGUCAAGUCCAAGCUGGAAUGCAAGCUGGGUUACUUUGAUCUCAUUGGCUGUGAUUUCCUGAUUGAUGAGAACUUCAAGGUGCUGUCUUGGGAAGAUGAGGUGUGGCUGCUGGAGAUGAACUCCAAUCCUGCCCUACAUACCAACUGUGAAGUUCUGAAGGAGGUGAUCCCUGGUGUGGUUAUGGAGACUUUGGAUCUAGCUAUUGAGACCUGCCAAAAGAGCUUGCAUUGUCAGAAGAUGCUGCCUCUGCUGUCACAGCGUCAGUUCGUGCUCCUUUACAACGGCGAGACUAUGGACGUGUGGCCGCGCUUGGGGGGCUCGCGUCCCCUUGCCCGCCUGCCUCCGCCGCCACCGCCGCCGCCUCCCAGGCCCGCCAGUGAGGUAGCAACCUCUGCACUGUCCUCAGCACGUGCCACAGCCGACCGACCUGGAGCACGCAAGCCGGUGCCUCCCAGGCCUGCUCCCAUAUGCGCCUUCCGCAAAUCGCGGUUGCCUGACUCCAGCGGAAGGUCCGGAGCGGAGUCCGAGCCCUCUCUUUGUUCUGGGUCCCCAGAAGACAGCAGGGGCGCGACUGGAGAGCCCUCCCUGGAGCCGUCCGAGGAAGAGCGCGAGGAGGAACAGAGGAGCGCGAGCCACCGGGGCUCCUAGCCACCACAAGCAUCCAGCGACCCUGCUCGCGGCCGUGCCCUCUCCGGGACCUAUAAAAGCUACUUUGUGACAAACGCGGCCUCCAGAAGCCGGUCCCACCUGGGCGCCCCAAGCCCUUCUGUAACCCUCCUCUCUUUGCUCCUCGGUUGUCCUUAGCGGAAGGAGAGGGAGCUGCGUGCAGAAUGGGAGUGCAUCCUUCAGAAAGGGAAAAACUUCAUUGACCUGUUUUUCCUUCUAUGGGGCAGCCCACCAAAUCCUGGGUUCCCACUUAUUGCUCUUUCUCACCCUGUAAGAUCCUCCUAAAACUCCAUGGCCUUCAUGACCUCUGCAACCUGGCAUUGGGACUCACUCCUCUGUUCCAUGGAGUCCCCAGGAAAGGUCUUGGAUGCUCAUGGAACUCUGGAAGUCCUACCCUACCCCAUUACUAUUCUGGAGCAGUGCCGGAUUCAUCCUCAUCUUGCCCACCAUCUUUCUUUCUGGCCGUUCAGACACUGUGGAACAGGGUCUACAGCCUACUUCCCUACAAAGGCCCUGGAGCUUAUCAGGGAUGAGAGGUACAGUGGAGGUCAAGACAGGAGAAGGAAGACAUUAAGCUGACAUUCGUGACUGCUCUUCCUCCUUCCCUGCCACCCCCUGCAAUAGUCAUGUUCUUAGUUAGCAUGGAGGUUUGAAAGGAGACCUCUGACCACCUCACAUUUUACAUCAAAGUGGCCAAAAUCCUGCCUUUAAGUCCCUGCAGCCAACUCGUCCCCUCAAGUUACCCCACCCCUACCCACAAAACUCCAAAGACAACCUCCUACCAACUUCCAAAAAGACCUGCUCAGCUUGAAUACUCUCUUGCAUAUCCAAGGGAGCAGAUUCCUCUUCCUUGUUCUCCCUUCUGACCUUUAAUUGGUCCCAAACAUCAGACUUAGCUCCAUCAUGUGGGAGAAAUGUCAGACUGAUCCCUGUUCUUUAUUGGAGCAAAAUCCCUCAGGAGGUAAGGGAUCCUUGCACUAUAAUCUAAACUGUGGCAGUUUCUAAGAUGCAAUGUCUGGCCACCAGUAGAGGGCUCUGUCAGCAUACCGGGAAGUUCCCUUCCAGGAACUCCUAACAGUAGAACAACUGAGGCUCAGAGAGGUAAAGUGAGGCCCUCAGAUCCCAAGGAAAUUAUCAUAGAGACCCUACUUUAGCUUGUGAGCAUCCCACAUCUCUGCACACCCCCUACAACCCUUCUCCAUUCAAACUGCCUGCUCCACCCCAGAUGCUCCAAGUUCAUUCUUCUUGUUGUGGCCUAGAACAUGAAGUACAAGGUGUACUACAAGCACACUCUUGUCUUUAGGUGACCAAGUCCAGCAUCUCCUGUAACAGCUCAGGAAAAGCCUGUCUGUCCCUGGUCAGAGGGUCUCUGAUCUAUCUGCUCUGAAGCCCACUAAAGCUAAGAAAAUGAAACCCAGCCUCCCCAGAGCCUAAGUGCCCUAGAUCUUGGCGAAUCCACACUUGUUCCUGGGAUCAAGGUCACAUUUUUGUUGGCAGCCACGGUGCUACUAGCCACGUCCCUUGGGGCCACCUGUCACUACAUUCUCAACUUGUACCACCUCAAAGUCCUAGGUUUCCUAUAGCCUCUCCCCUCCACACAGUUCCCUGACCAAGUCAGAGCUGUGUCCCCAUCACUGGCAUCACAAACAUUUCUGCUCUCCCCACCACAUGAAGCUGCAGCCCUGCCCCCCCCAGGAGGGUUGUACCAUGUCAGUACAGGUAACAAAGCUCUCAGGAGAAAGAUGCUUCCACUGUUGUUGUGGGGACAUGGAGCCUCUACUGAGACCAUGAUGUAACAAAUACUUGUUGGCAGUAGUCUGUCCUGCUGUGCCAUCCACAGGCUCCCCAAGGGCUUGGGCUGUCUGCUACCCUUCAUUCCUGGCAGCUGCAGAGCAUGUCAAAAAAUAAGGUUUUCAGGGCCCUCCUGCUGCCCACUCGUUCCCCAUCAACCCCCUCCAGAUCCUCCUCAGCUCUUUACAGCCAACAUGUAAGUCCCCCAGAGCCCUGAGUUUAGGACCUCAUCAAACUCUGGGGAGAGAGGGACCUGGGGCAUCUGAACAUCUGGCAAUCUGGCAGCUUCAAGGUAUUCUCUGAUAUUCAAACAAUAUGACAGAACCAGGGGUUAAGGAGCCAAAUGAUGGCUUCAACUCUGGGCUGGCCCUACAGAGCAACUGAUUGCCACUGGGGUUGGUCACCCAAGAACGGGGCUCCUGGCAGCUGAAUAUGUCCUCCAAUGCUUCUAUAUCACUCUUUCCCUGUUCUCCUGAGAGAAUCCUGAGGCCCUCCUGUUAAAAGUGUCAAGAGUUUCCUUCAGAAGAUGUGGGGAAUUGAGCUACUCACGGCUCUGACCCCAGCACCCUGUGCCUUCUGUUGUCCCUGAAAUCAGACCUUUACCACACACACACAUCCACACACACACAUGUGCACAUGCACACGCAUACACACGUGCACACGCACACACACGUGCACACGCACGCACACACACACUGUAGGGUCUGGAUUUUUCUGAGUAUCUUAGCUUCAGUCAGACAAUAGUGGGACAUCCUACAUACCUUCCCACUCUACCCACCCCCCCCGUUCUAAAAAGGGGCCAGAAGAGAUAGUGCCUGGUCUUCAGAAAAUCACCUUAAUUCAUGGAGCUUCUUGGGAAGACGGGGUAGGUAAGGGAUGGAUGUCUACCUGCUUUCCCCACUCAGCUGCUUCUCAUAGGGGCUAGUGGCUGUAUAAGGGACAGUCCCAGAGAUGUGAGCCCAGCCCAGUAGAAGACCUAGAUGUUGAGGUACUACCUGGCCAGUGGGAACAUGCCUCAGCAGCUAGGGACAGUCAUUACCCACAUCUCUGCCCCCCAAGGUCUCUGGACAGCUGUCUGGAGUUGGGGGAGGGGUUGUCGAGUUGUAAAAAGAAAGCGACUUCUCACUUUCCAUGAUACAGGUCUUUCUCUCAAGCUGGGGCACGUCU